UUUCAGGAAACUAGUGUAAAAGUAAACAGAAAGUUGAGACAUAAGGUAGCUAAAUAAGCUACAGCUCCAGGAAGCCUGAUAAGACUAUCACAAAAUGGAGAACAGCGCUUAUGGUGCAUCUCUGGCUGGAGGUUCCUUUGAUUUUUUGAGCUUUAUUAAGCAGCCUCAAACCAUAGUUCGCCUGCUGAGUUGGCUCUGUUCCAUAGUGGUUUUUGCAACCAUUACUGCAGAAGGCUACAUCAACUCAGGACAGAGUCCACAAGCUAAAUGCAUAUUUAAUGAGAAUGAUGGUGCCUGCAGUUAUGGGUCAGCUGUUGGAAUUCUAGCUUUCCUGGCAUGUGUUGCCUUUAUUAUUCUGGAUGCUUACUUUCCCCAAAUCAGUAAUGCCAGGGAGAGGAAAUACAUUGUCAUCAGUGAUCUUGCUUUUUCUGGCGUGUGGACGUUCUUGUGGUUUGUAUGUUUCUGCCUCCUGGCCAAUCAGUGGUCACACACUAAAAACGAAAAGAUUCAAAAAGAUGCUGCAGGAGCUGUGAUAGCCUUUGCCUUCUUCUCCAUUGUGACAUGGGCACUGCUUACCCUGUUUGCUUAUAGACGAUACCGCCAAGGAGUGGGUGACGUUGGUCUUGGCUACACUGAUCCUGCCUAUGACCAUACCACUCCAUACCCUGCUUAUCCUAGUAGUGCUCCAGGAGGCUAUCAGCAGUCCCCAUUCACCAAUAAUGCCUCAGGCGAGGGAAGCUAUCAACCCCCAUCAUAUUAAAGUUCAAAGAAUAGAAUCCCAGGGUUAGAAUUAACACAAGUCAUUGCAGUUCAUCAGUGUGCACUGAUUCUUGCACUCCACUGUUUAACUGGACCCAUAUAUAUCAGGAUAAGAGUGAAAAAUUAUCCAUAUAACUGUUUGUAGAAAGAUUUGUAAAAGUUUGAUAAAUAUGGGUCCUGUUGUUUUUGUUUGUUUGCAUUUUUUUUAAAUGAUUAUUUGCCUGCAGUUGACAAUCAGGCUGAUAUGUCUUGUACGUAUUUCUGUGCUCAAAACUAUUUGGUUUUGUCAUCAGUGCUACAUGAUUAAUUCAAAAAAAACAAAACAAAAAACCAAACAAACCGUGAAUUAGCAGUGUCUUAACUAUUGGAAAUUAUUUUGACUGUAUAUUGGCUUUGGUGCAUAAACACAACAGUAAAAAAGGAAAGGGCCAUAUUGUAAAGAUAAAGGUUGUAUUAUACACAUUACUGCAAUCUGAGUAACUUUUAAGUACAUAUGGAAUGAGCAAUAUUAAGUGCCAUGAUGUAUAGUAUGUACUGUACAUUCUGUACUGUUAAAUAGUAUAGAUUACUGUUUAUUAAACUUGCAUCAUGUGCAGCCAACAGCUUCACUAUAUUUGCAGUUGUGAUUCUACAUAGCCACAAAUUUUAAGUACAAAAUUCACACAAACAGGUGUAUGCACAUUAACUAUUUAAUUGUAAUUUUGUGCUGUAUUAAUGUAAAGAUUGACUAAUAGAAGAGAGAAAAUAUAUGAAUUACUGGAAACCAGUGCCUUAACGUCAGAUACAACAUACACCACUUAAGAAUGUGCCUUUUUACCUACUUCCUCUAUGCAACUGCUUUGUUGUACAUAUUUAAUGCAAAACCAGUUAUGGAUUCUUAAAACGUAUCACCAUAAAGUUGUCUUUAUAUUUGUAUAAAUGUGUUAUUUUAUACCAGGAAGCCAAAUUCAGAACUUCUUCCCCUGACCAUAAGAAUUGUGCCCUAAAUUUUUUAAAUAACUGGUGCUCUACUUAUAAUUUUUAAUUGUGGACAUUUGUUUAUGCCAAAUUUGUCCAAUUUGUAAUAUAUGUUGUUUUUUGUAAAUCCAAUUUGUAAAUUAUGUUUUAUACAUUUAUUGCACAAUGAUUCCUACAAGAGAGCACAAAUAAGAAUUUCUAAUCAGACCACUGUCAGUAACAUUGGUUUAUUAACCUCUUAUGGCAUACUUUAAAGAUGUCUAUAGUUUGUUAAAAAUAUAGAUAGAUUUCAUGAAUGGAUGAAGAGUUAUAUGCAUUUGUAACUUACUGAAAGUACAGGCACCAUGAGUUUAUAUGUGUGACUGCUUUCCAGUAAAAGCUGGUUUUGUUAGAUUGGAAA